GAAAAUAGCGAUAUCAACACAAACCCAUUUCUUAAUUUGAGCGCUGUGUAUUCUUUUUUCAGUUGGGCGAUUGCCGGUGGAUUUCCGAAUCAUCAAAUUCGCUCGCACAUAAGAAAGAAAAAAUGGAGGUUGAAGGAGUGCAGUUGGAUGACAAGGCGAAGAGAAUGAGAGAUCUGUUAUCUAGUUUUUAUUCUCCAGAUCACUCUUCUUCUUCUUCUUCUACUUCUUCUCCUUCAUCUGCUUCUCUCCCCCGAAACACUUCUUCCAGAUUCGCCACACUCGACACUAUCAAUACCACUUCAUUCGACGCCGAUCAGUACAUGAAUCUCCUAGUACAAAAGUCAAAUCUGGAGGGUCUUCUUCACAAGCAUGUUGAAAUGGCUGCCGAGAUUAAAAAUCUUGACACCGACCUUCAAAUGUUGGUAUAUGAGAAUUACAACAAAUUCAUCAGCGCCACAGAUACAAUCAAAAAGAUGAAGAAUAACAUUUUUGGCAUGGAGACGAAUAUGGAGCAGCUUUUGGAAAAGAUAACAUCGGUGCAAACUAGGAGUGAUGGAGUCAACACUUCUCUUUUCGAAAAGAGAGAGCAUAUAGAGAAGUUGCACCGCACACGCAAUCUUCUGCGAAAAGUUCAGUUUAUUUAUGAUCUACCCACAAGACUUGAGAAGUGUAUCAAAUCAGGAACCUAUGCUGAAGCAGUCAAAUUUUAUACUGGAGCCAUGCCAAUUUUCAAGGCAUAUGGCGAGUCUUCUUUUCAAGACUGUAAACGAGCGUCCGAAGAGGCUGUUACUAUAAUCAUCAAAAACUUACAGGGGAAGGUUUUCUCGGAUUCCGAGUCAAUACAAGCAAGAGCUGAGGCUGUCAUGCUUCUUAAGCAAUUGGAUUUUCCGGUUGAAACUUUGAAGGUUAAAUUGUUUGAGAAGUUGGAACAGUUCCUCGUUGACCUGCAUCUUGAAUCGAAGGAAUUAACAAAUUUGUCAGUUGAUGUUAAUGAGCCUCCUAACCAGGGUAGUGAUCCAGACCCAUCUGAUGCUACAAUACAUGAGGCUUCUAUUCGUGAAUUUGCGGAAGCUGUGCGAGCUUAUAAAGUUAUAUUCUUGCAUUCAGAACCGCAACUAUCUAAACUCGCACAAGACCUCGUUAAGAAGCACUUCGAAGCUACUCAUCAACAAAUCACGAAGCAAGUUUGUGCUGCAGAUCUUCUAACAAUGCUUCGAGUUACUUGGACUGAUGUGCUUCUUAUGGAUGAAGUGCUACCCGAAGCUUCCUUGCCUGAGUUUACUUUGCAGUAUGCCCGUGUUGCUGUCAAAGAUUAUAUAUCCAGUGCAUUUGGUCGCCUUUUAGUUAAUAUUUCAGACUCGCUUAAGAAAGUCCAAUUUGCACCGAAAGAGGAUACAGUGGAAGAAAAUUCUUUGGAGACAGCCUUUGAAGCAAGCAAAAGGGCAGUAAUCCAGGGUAGUUUGGAUGUCUUGCUGGAUUUCCAACUGCUAAUUGAUGAAAAACCGGAAUUAUUACUCAAAUUGAGAGACUUAACAAUUGAUUGGGUCCAAAGAGGGUUCCAAGAUUUUUUCACGAAUCUCCAUGGCCAUUUCCUCUUGCUCUGUGGAAAGAGUAAUACAUCAGCAGCAGCAGCAGGUCAAGAUGUGAAUUUGAUAGACAAAAUUGCUGCUGGUCUUGUUCUUGUUCUCGCUCAGUUAACUGUUUAUAUUGAACAAAUUGCCAUUCCUAGAAUUACCGAGGAACUAGCUUCUUUUUCUGGUGGUGGUGGUGGCUUUGAACAUCAUGGUCCUGCUUUUGUUCCAGUUGAAAUCUGUCGCAUCUUUCGGUCUUCUGGGGAAACUUUCUUGCACCUUUACAUAAAGAUGAGAACUCUGAAAAUAUCACUUCUCCUGAAGAAGAGGUUCACAGCCCCAAACUGGUUCAAGCAUAAGGAACCAAGAGAAGUGCAUAUGUUUGUCGAUUUACUUCUCAAAGAGUUGGAGGAUAUAACAAGUGAAGUAAAGCAAAUUUUGCCACAAGGCCUCCAUAAUAAACAUCGCCGUACAAACAGCAAUGGGAGCACCGCAUCCUCACGGAGUAAUACUUUGAGGGAUGAUAAAUUGAGCAGGUCAAAUAAUGCUCAGAAGGCUAGAAGCCAGCUUCUAGAGAGCCACCUGGCGAAAUUGUUCAAACAAAAGAUGGAAAUUUUCACAAAAAUUGAUCAUACACAGGAAUCGGUGAUAACAACAAUAGUGAAACUUUCGUUAAAGAGUUUACAAGAGUUUGUGCGGCUGCAGACAUUUAACCGCAGUGGAUUCCAGCAAAUUCAGUUAGACAUUUACUUUUUGAAGACUUGUUUAAAGGAUAUAGCUGAGGAAGAAGCUGCUGUUGAUUUCUUGCUUGAUGAGGUUAUAGUAAGCACCGCUGAGCGAUGUCUUGAUCCAAUACCUUUGGAACCUGCUGUCUUGGAAAGACUAGUGCAAGCAAAGUUGGCUAAGACCACUUGAUUGUCCAGCAAGCAAUGCUCAAACUCUUACGUUUCUUCUCCAAAAAUAAAUCACUCUUCGACUAAAACAUCUUCAUCUUUAUUCAAUUUCGACCAGAACCAUUAAAUAUUAGUCAUGUGUAAUAUAUAUUAAUUCACUUGGUUUCUCAAACUAAAUCUAGUGAACAGGAGUAUGGUAUAUAUACAUAUUUCACACCAACUCCAUAAACAUGAAAAAAGUAUUUCUGAUCUUGCUCUAAGUUCAAACCCCAACUAUAUUCUCUAACUUGUCAAAAAAUAUGUUUAGUACCAUGUUUUUUUUUUCUUUUAUUAUUUGGCUCUGUUGCGAAAACAUGCACCAUUAAUGCAAUGACAUUUUAGUUAUUUUU